UCAGAGGUUCCGAUUUCCGAUUUGGUCUAGUCUGCAAUCGUGGUCUCCCGAGGGUUGACUUAUGCCCUGAGCUCGCCCCGCCCCGUCUCCUCUCCCUGUGCCGUCGUACGUCCGGCGCGUCGCGCUUAGUCCAAGAUGGCGGCGCCCAUGUUUUUCCGGGGGCUCAGGCCGCGGGUGCUGUCUUGGAGCCGAGAGCUGCCGUGCUCCUGGUGUGCCCUGCACACGUCCGCGGUCUGCGCUAAGAACCGGGCGGCCCGAGUCAGAGUGGGCAAGGGGGACAAGCCGGUGACGUAUGAGGAGGCGCACGCUCCGCACUACAUCGCCCACCGAAAGGGCUGGCUGUCGUUGCACACAGGUAACCUGGACGGGGAGGACAAUGCUGCAGAGCGGACAGUGGAAGAUGUUUUCCUUCGAAAGUUCAUGCUGGGCACUUUCCCAGGGUGUCUGGCCGACCAGAUUAUCCUUAAGCGCCGGGCUAAUAAGGUGGAGAUCUGUGCCCUGGUCCUGAGGCAGCUGCCUGCGUACAAGUUCUACUUCCUGGUGGGUUACAGUGAGACUCUGCUCUCCCACUUUUACAAAUGUCCUGUCCGUCUGCACCUCCAAACCGUGCCCUCGAAGGUCGUGUACAAGUACAUCUAAGACAGUCACCUUUUUUGCGUCAGGCUCGGGCCUGCCAAAGACAGAAGUAUGUGGGGAAGGGGUGAAGUGGGAAUGGGGAAGAUGCAUCCCCUCAGUGUACUGAGGAUUUGUUUCCAAAGCUGCUGUUGAAUAAAUAGAAUUUCUGUGUUGUCUUG